ACACCCGCUCUUAUCGACUUACAUUGGCUUCCAGUAACGUUUAGAGUUCAGUUCAAAUUGCUCCUUUUUGUUCAUAAGUCACUACACAACCAAAGUCCAUCCUACAUUAAACAUCUUUUAUUCCUGAAACCAGCUGCUAAUUAUGCUCUUCGUUCGUCUGCACAAUCUCUUCUGUUCAUUCCAAAAGUCAACUGCUCUACACUUAGGGAUCGGGCCUUUGCUUAUGUAGCCUGCGAGCAAGCUCUCCUAUUUGGGCAAGCGAAGCGAGCCUCGCGAGAACGCGCGAGCGAGGGGCCGAGGAAAGGAGAGCUUGCAACGGUCUCUCAUAAAUUUUCAUUUCCACCCCGGAAACCCCGGGGCUCUGCAAAGCGUGAAAACUGUCACCGCAAACGUGCUGCAGAUUAAAAAAGUGACAACCGCCUGUCAAGUAAGUUUAGACAGCCAAGGGCGCGUAGAAUUAUUUAUUUAUAAAUCGCUUUCGCAUCAGCAUCAAAGCAAUGGUUUUAAUCACUGAUAUGUUAAUUUUUUCCACGGGGACAUCGAACUUCAACGUUUCCGCUCGGAUAAGAACUCACUACUUUGAUUCUCGUUUCGUUUACUUUUGAAAAGUCGUCCAUACUGCAGUGUAGAAGACUACUACCCAUCGCAAUCACCAACCAAAACAUCAUAUAUUUGUCGUCUGGAACUGGAGAAUAGCGUUUUCCUGCACUUGGUUCUCUUACGUUUUACUCCAGUUGCUUCCAACUCUUUCUCUUUUCCUUCUUUACGGUCAAGCUACACAGCGGCUACACUGUCAAGUACAUUUUUCUGAAUUUUUCUACCCAGUAGAAUUCAAUCGGGCGAAGAAAGCGAUGUUGGAAGACAGCGCUUGAAUCACUCUUCAAUUUCACUCUCCCCGUUUUCAGAACUAACCAAGGCGCUUGACACAAACGAAUACAACUGAAGUACAAACUCAGUCCGACGUAUCCUCGGCUCGCAAUAUUCUUUCGAGAAUUACAUCAGACAAGCCCGUCUGCUUUGAGGGCUGAAGCAAGUUUUCGGUACCAAACCGGUCUUCCUGAGAACCAAACUUGUCACACAGACGAAGGGGGUGCCAGCUUGGCUUGUUAUCAAUCAACUUUGAUUUCCGGAACGAUAUUUUUCAGCCAAUUGUAUUUCCCUUCGUCUGGGCGAAGUACAAAUGAAAUUUUAUGAGAGAUCGUUGCAAGCUCUCCUUUCCUCUGCCCCUCGCGGCUUAGCCGCUCGCUCGCGCGUUCUUACGAGACUCGUUUCACUCGCCCAAAUAGGAGAGCUUGCUCGCAGGCUAUUGCUUAUGCUGCACCUGUUUUAUGGAACUCGCUGCCAUUAACUAUAAGAACAAGUAGCAGCCUCGCCUUUUUUAAAAAGCAACUUAAAACAUUUCUUUUUUAG